CUUCCGCGGGCACCCAACCAUGCGUCCCCUGCGUGCUGACGUCAGGCGCGUGCCCCUGUCCGGCAGACGAGGAGGCCCCGCGCAGUGCUGCCAACGCCCCGGCGGAGAAGCUGAGGUCAACAUCUAAUUUGAAGUACUAAAAGUGGAUACAAAACUAUUUCCGAAAUGCAGACAAUUAAGUGUGUUGUUGUUGGUGAUGGUGCUGUUGGUAAAACAUGCCUCCUGAUAUCCUACACAACAAACAAAUUUCCAUCGGAAUAUGUACCCACUGUUUUUGACAACUAUGCAGUCACAGUUAUGAUUGGUGGAGAGCCAUACACUCUUGGACUUUUUGAUACUGCAGGGCAAGAGGAUUAUGACAGACUACGACCGCUCAGUUAUCCACAGACAGAUGUUUUUCUAGUAUGUUUCUCAGUGGUCUCUCCAUCCUCAUUUGAAAAUGUGAAAGAAAAGUGGGUGCCUGAGAUAACUCACCACUGUCCAAAGACUCCUUUCUUGCUUGUUGGGACCCAAAUUGAUCUCAGAGAUGACCCCUCUACUAUUGAGAAACUUGCCAAGAACAAACAGAAGCCUAUUACUCCAGAGACUGCUGAAAAGCUGGCGCGGGAUCUGAAGGCUGUCAAGUAUGUGGAGUGCUCCGCCCUCACACAGAAAGGCCUAAAGAAUGUGUUUGAUGAAGCAAUAUUGGCUGCCCUGGAGCCUCCAGAACCGAAGAAGAGCCGCAGGUGUGUGCUGCUAUGAACGCAUCUCCAGAGCCCUUUCUGCACAGCUGGUGUUGUCAUCAUGCUAAAAGCAAUGUUUAAAUCAAACUAAAGAUUAAAAAUUAAAAUUCGUUUCUGCAAUAAUGACAAACGCCCUGCACCUACCCACAUGCACUCAUGUGAGACAAGGCCCAUUAGUAUGGCCCUUCCUUGCCCUUCCAGUAAUAAUUUUGAAUAAUUAUGUAUUGUCUGAAAAGCAAUGAGUGCUAGUUUUUGUUUUCCUUGUUUAAAAAAAAAAAAACAACAACAAAAAUCCCCGCAAACAUUUUGUUUUGUUUUGUUUAAAAGCAAGGCAUGCUUGUGUUGACUGUAACAGACUAAUUCAAGUUGUCAGAGCUGCUCCCUGGUUCCAUUUUGGAGAGUGAUCUGGGGCAUCGUAGUGUCUUCUGUUUUUGUUUUUUCCUCAACCCUUCUCUCCUUUUGGGGUGUGUGUGGGGUUGUUUCUUAGACUUGUAUUUUAAAAUUUGUUAACCAGAGGACAGCCUGUGGGGGAGGAGAACAGAUUAUUUCCACAUUCCACUCCCUAGGUCUAGUUUAGCAAAUAUGUCCCCACCUGGUGCUCUUAGGAAGGAGUAUAGAAAUGCCUCGUUUAAUAACAUACUCCUUCUUGAAAGUUGCCUUUUCUAUCCACCCUUGAGUGGAUCCAGUCUUUGAUGAAACUCAUGACGGUGGGUGGAAGCUGCCUCACCCAUCUUUCUAGGAUGUACUCUAUACGUGACUGUGACUUUCAAGGGGAUUUGUUUGCCAUUUGCUGAUUUGGGGAGGGGGAUAAUUUUUAACUUCUUUCAUUGAUAAAUGAAAAGUAUUGCACCUUUGAAAUAUACCAAAUGGAUUGAGUUCCUAAUUAAAAAAAAAAAAAGAAGUUCUUUUGCCCCUGUCAGUCAUUUUCUCAUAUGCUUAGCAUAGAUUCACAACUCACUGUGUAGUGUUCCUGGAUUCAGCUGAAGACCUGGUACAUAGGGUUCCUUACGAGAUGGUGUUAGGAAACACAUCAAUACUGAUGACUGCCAUCGCCUUUCAGGGGAUAAGGUUACAGGCCUGCUUCAUUAAGGAGCAAUGAGCAUGUGGGGUGGGGAGCAUACUUUUAACCAACAUGGGGACCUGUCAGGGCUAUCCCCUUUUUUCUUCCUGUGAGGAACCUUUGAACAACUGGCCGAAGCUCGCGCAAGAAAAAUGGCGAGAGCCUCACGAUUCUUUAUAAGUGUUAAUAGAGACUUUAUCAGAUUAUUUUGUUUGCAGGUUCCAGUUUUUGAAAAUGUUUAGGUAAUCUCCUUCCCCAGUCCUGAUCUUGUGGAUUCGUUAGUGCCGAACCAAUGCUUUCUUGUGUCUCAACUCUUUGUAUAUGAAUUCUUUUCAGAUGUAUUAAACAAACAAAACCCUUCACAA